AUGUCAGAAAGCCAGAGUACGGAAUUGUCACCUAUAGAGUUCCGGAAUGUGGAAUCUCAUACUGAUACCCAGCCGCACUCCCCCAGUUCAAUAUCGUCAAAUGAACCCAUUAAGCUCGAUAUAGAGCAUACCAUGGUUGAGGAUGAUCCUCGAUUAUGGUCAAACACGAAGAAGGCGAGAACUGAUCGAACACAACUACAGACCGCUGUAUUGUUCAUUAUAUCUGGAGCCGCAAUGUUUGCGGGUUUGGCGGCGAAUAUACAAAACCCUGCCAAUGCUCAAAUCGAACAGCAGCUGCACGCCAGCAGCGGAGAUAUCAGCCUGAGUUUAUCUCUAUUCAUUCUCGUCCAAGGCAAUUUUCCUAUCAUUUGGAGUGCGAUUGGCGAGAUAAAGGGCCGCAAGCUUGUGUACCUUCUAUCCACUGCACUUUUUAUGAUCGGAUCCGCAAUCGUGGCCGUGUCAAGAACUAUUGGUUUAGUGAUUGGCAUGCGAAUGGUGCAAGCCUCAGGGUCAAGCGCAGUUUUCGCUAUGGGAGCUGCCACUCUGGCCGAUAUAUACGAGCCACAUCAACGAGGUACAAUGAUGGGCGUCUACUAUUCUGCACCUCUCCUCGGUCCCUCGUUAGGACCAAUAUUCGGUGGUGCACUCACACAGGGCUUCAGCUGGCGGGCUGUUUUCUGGUUCUUAGUCAUCUGGGCAGGCAUAAUCUUUUCGGCAUUCCUUUUUUUGUUCAAGGACACCUUCAGGAAGGAGAGGAGUGUGACUUAUCAGAACGUAUUGAAUUCGAGACUCGGAGAGCAGCAGUCGUUGGAAGCAAAGGACGAGUCGCAAAAUAUUUCGAAAUCAAAAGUGGACGGAGAAAACAAGACGACUUCGAAAGAUAUCGAAGCACAACGACCAGUUAUACCAUCAGUCAUUAAAGACGUAAAGCUGUCCAUGGCUGAUGUCAAUCCUUUCCCUGCAUACCUCUCGAUUGUCAGCCGCAAGAACAACUUGGUUAUAUUGAUAGCAUCAGGCUUAACAUUUGCGUUUAGCUUUAGUAUUACAUAUACAUCUGCAAGAACACUGUCUAUGUAUUAUGGUUAUGAUGCACUGAAAACUGGCCUUGUUUUGCUUGUCUAUGGUGUCGGUUCCGUAGCCGGCAGUAUAUCAGGUGGUCGUUGGUCCGAUCGAACACUUGCUCGGCUGAAGGCUGAAAAUGGAGGGACCAGCUUUCCAGAGAUGCGACUCGAGAGCACGAAAAUCGCCAUGUUAUGGUUACCUCUGUCUGUGAUUGGAUACGCCUGGGUAUGCCAAGAACAAGUCAAUAUUGCCGCUGUGUGUGUGAUGCUGUUCCUCAACGGAUUUUUAUCUAUAUGGAUGUACUCAAGCACGCUGGCAUACAUUGUCGAUGCAAACAUUGGUUGCUCAUCAAUGGCAGUAGCAACGAAUAGUUCUUUCCGUGGUCUAUUUGCUUUUAUCGCCGCUGAGAUCGCGGUUCCUUUACAAGAUACUAUUGGUGAUGGUGGUUUGUAUACUAUUUGGGCAGGUCUGAUGGUCGUCAUUGAGUGCAUGAUUCUGCUGGUGUUGUACAAAGGCAGGAAGUGGAGAGAGGCCAGUAUUGAGCGGGAGAAGCAGACACUAGAUAAGGUGUAG